GUACUGUCCUGGAUUGCCUUAAGGAAAGGUCUAUAGGUCGAAUAGACGCAUAUAAAUAGCAAUUAUUCGGGUCUAAGCUAUUCGCAGACAUAUUCUUUGAUUUUUCACAAAUGCUUGCAUUGUUGCUUUUGCUGGUUAGUUUCAGCUCUGCAUUUGCAUUGGAUAAAGCAUGUCCGUUCAAACCCACGGAUAUGAUCUUCGUCCUUGAUGGCUCCGGCAGCGAAGGUGAGGACAAUUUCAAAAAGCAAUUGAACUUCGUUUCGAACUUCACGAACCAAUUUGAAAUCGGACAAAACAAAACUCGCGUUUCCUUGGUAACCUUCGCUACCACCGUGAACAAUGAGUUCUACCUGAACAGGUAUUACGAUAACACCACUCUCCUACGUGCAAUCGGACAAGCGCAUUAUCCAAAUGGGGAGACGAAUACUCAUUUAGCACUCGACCACGUGCGUCUACAGAGUUUGUUGCCUAGUAACGGCGCCGAAAGGAACGUUUCAAAAAUAGUGUUUGUUCUUACGGAUGGACGGUCCCUGGAAGAAGAAGCGACAAAGAGUGCGGCAAUGCAAUUAAAGAAAGAUCCACGAGUGACAGUGGUUGCCAUCGGCAUUGGGAACGCUGUUGAUGACAACGAACUCCGUGCUAUCGCUAGCGAUGCAAACCACACAAUUCGUGUCGCAACCUUCGACGCAUUAAAUUCAAUCAAAGUAGAGCUUACUCAGAAAACCUGUGACACUUGCAACGAUCUGUCGGACGUGUGUUUUAUUCUUGAUUCUUCGGGUUCAGAGGGUUCCGGAAACUUUCAUCAACAACUCGAAUUUGUCAAGAUGGUUGUCAACGAAUUCUCAAUAGAAGGAUCGUCGAAAACAAGGAUUUGUGUUGUAACGUUUUCCACGACGUCCCUCGGUGAAAUACAUCUAAAUUCGUUCAACGACAAAACGGCGCUCCUUCAAAACAUUAUGAAAAUACCAUACAGGGACGGUGAAACAAUGACAAAUUUGGGCAUAAAUCAUGGUUUUUCUGAACUUACCAACCCACCUCGACAAGGCGCCAACAAAGUCAUGAUACUCCUAACUGACGGUCGGUCGACAGAACCUGACUUGACAAGACAGUCUGCAUCAGCAGUGCAGAGGGCUGGUGUAGACGUAUUCGCCAUCGGGAUUGGCCCUAACGUUGACAGUCAGGAGCUUCGCUUCAUAGCAACAGCUCCUGAUCACGUGUUCGAAGUAGACAGAUUUCACGAUCUCGCGUCCAUUCACCAAGAAGUGGUCAACAAAAUCUGCGCAAAGGCAUUGAUUACUACGACAACAACCACAACUUCAACUACAACUACGAGACCCACAACUACAACGACGAAGCCCACAACUACAACGACGAAACCCACAACUACAACGACGAAACCCACAACUACAACUACGAAAACCACAACAAAAUUGACCACAACUUUGCCGCCCACUACGACAAGAGCAGCCUGUGGUCUUAAACCAGCGGACAUCGUCUUCGUUCUGGACUCUUCCGACAGCGAAGGCGCCGAAAAUUUCAAAAAGCAAGUUGACUUUGUCUACAACUUUGCCGCCCAGUUCUCAAUCGGCGUUAACAGCGUCCAGUUCAGUGUCGUCACUUACUCCACUGACGUCCAGAACAUUUUCUACUUCAACGACCAUUUAACUAGACAAGAGGUUUUGCAAGCAAUCCGCAAUAACAUCACCUAUCUUGGCCAAGGAACGAACACCUCCGGCGCUUUGCAACAAGUACGCGAGAACAACCUUCAAACAAAACAUGGCGCACGCCCCAACGCUCAAAAUUUCGUAAUUGUUAUCACAGAUGGUCGCUCGGACGAUACAAAUGCUACACGUAGCGAGGCACACGAGCUUCAGAAGAUUGCUCAGGUUCUGUCCGUUGGGAUCGGCCCACGUGUUGACAGCAGCGAACUGGCAGCGAUAGCUUCGAACCACAAAGUAUUGACUGUAGACACCUUUGAACUUCUUCAAACUUUCAAGCAGCAAUUGACCGAUCUAGCUUGCCAAAGUGGGAGGUAAAUAUGGAUGAAUAUGAAUUGGAAAUAAACCACGAUUGCAUUCAAAUCAUAUUCGAUGUGUUGUCGUUGUUACAUGCAAAGCAAUAAACACCUGGAAAUAUG